AUGGCUUCUCAAGUUAACAGUCACUUACCUUUGCCCCCAAUUCUCUUAACCUGUACCAAGGCUCUCGCAAUUGUUCGCAUUGGAAUUGGGGCCGCCAGUUUCUUCGCACCACAGCUCACCUGCGCAUCCCACGGGUACCAUGUUUCGGAGCCCUACAAACUUCUUGUGCGCAUGAUGGGACACCGAGAGGUCAUUAAUGGCGGACUCUUGUUGACAGCUGAGGACAAGGAGGCGAAGGAUGGAGGCAUAAAGAGCAUUCGACGGGCGCUGUUGGUUGGUCUCUUGGCUGAUUCACUGGAUAUUUGCGCGGUGGUUUAUGGGUUCAGUCGGGGAGAAGUUGAGAGCACUACAGCUGGUAUUCUUGGCUCGGCCGCUGCUGGAGCAAUCACGCUGGCCACAUUCAUAUUGCGGGCCUUGUAA